UCGACCUCAUCGACAGCGUCCCUUCCCACCUGGAGAGAGUCAUCGGCCCCCAAGGGGGGCUUCCUCAGGCAGCCUCUGCCACCUCUGCAUGGCUGCGACCCGGCGAGAGGAGAGUUGUAGCCGCUGAGACCUGGUGCUCUUCGACGGCCUGGCUGAUUCGGGACCCUGCCGCAGAGCGUGCCCCACCGCGGGCCCCCAGCUCAGCCAUGCUGGCCUGUCUGCAGAGGACCCAGAACGCCCCAGGCCAGCACCUGGCCUGCCCGAGCAAGAGCCUGGAGCUGCGCAAGUGCGAGACGGCGGCCAGCUCCAUGCAUUCCUCCCGCUACCCGAGCCCGGCCGAGCUGGACGCCUACGCCGAGAAGGUGGCCAACAGCCCGCUCUCCAUCAAGAUCUUCCCCACCAACAUCCGCGUGCCCCAGCACAAGCACCUCGGCCGCACCGUCAACGGCUAUGACACCAGCGGCCAGCGCUACAGCCCCUACCCGCAGCACACGGCCGGCUACCAGGGCCUGCUGGCCAUCGUCAAGGCCGCCGUCUCCUCCUCCAGCGUAGCCGCUCCCACCGGGCCCGCCAAAAGCGUGCUCAAGAGCGCCGAGGGCAAGCGGACCAAGCUGUCGCCGGCCACCGUGCAGGUGGGCAUCGCGCCCUACCCAGCGCCCAGCACUCUGGGGCCCUUGGCCUACCCGAAAAGCGACUUCGAACCCGCACCGCGCAGCUCUGAGCGGCAGCUGGGACUCCACGUGCGCCUGGGCUUCCUGCGCUGCAGUGCGCCUGCGCCUGCACUGCGCCUGCACUUCCGGGCGGAUCUUAAAGGGCCCACGCGAUCUCCACCCGGCCCCCUUCACGGGCCGCUGGAAGGUGGGCGAGCCUGUUGCAAUACAAAGGCUCCUAAUGAGUUUGCAGCAGAGCAAGAACUGGAUUCCAACCCCAACCUGGAGUCACUGGGCCUCACGUCCUACCUGGUCUUUGUCUACCAUGCAUUUCUUAGCUCUCCCAUCUCCAUGCCAACACCCUGUGCCUGCUACGCUCCUCCCACCAUUGUCCCCACCAUUUCCACCAUCAACGAACAUUUAUUGAGCACCGACAAUCCCAGGCCUCCUACAGAACACACAGAAGGCGGGCCCCUUGGCAAAGCCACCACGCUUCAGCACACGGUGGCCUGA